AUGGCCAUGUCAAACAGGAGUUGCGCCAAGUCGAGCAGGGCGAGCAACUGGGCAAGACUCCCAUGCCACUCAGCGAGAUGGUAUCAACCUGUCUUCUCGGGCCUGACUGACCAUGGCACAGCAUUCACCGUCCACUAUGACGAGAGCAAUAUGCGUGAUAUCUUGGCCAUCAUCGUCGGACCUCCAGGGACCCCGUAUGAAUUGGGCUUUUUCGAGUUCUCGAUCAAAGUUCCCGCAGGUGAGACAUCAAUAGAGGGUCCAGACACAGCAACCACUGAUCACAAUAUACCAGACUACCCAGCCAGCCCGCCUACAGUGAAGAUCAAAACGACCAAUAAUGGCAGAACCCGAUUCGGCCCCAACCUGUACGCCACCGGCAAAGUCUGUCUAUCUAUCCUGGGAACGUGGCAUGGAGAGCGCGGUGAGCAAUGGUCACCCGCACAAGGACUGGAAUCCGUGUUGCUUUCCAUCCAAAGUCUCCUAGCUGCUAAUCCAUACACGCUUGAACCGGGGUUCGAUGACCCCGAUAAACACGAUGAAAUCAGACAUGAGACCCUGCGACUGGCAGUGAUCACACCACUUGAGCAGGCGUUUGCGAACUCAGCUCGACGUGAGCGAUUGCGGUUGAAAGAUCCCACUAAACCAGCAGAGGAUACGGAUAGCGAUGAUGAGCUGCGGGAUCCUGCAUCUCACGGCAAGUUCGAUGAGUUCUACAAGCGACGGCUUUUAUGGUACUUUGAACAUUACCAACAGGCCAUUGACAGCGGUGCCACCGACGGCGGCUUGGGAGAUGAUGCGAGAAGACAGGGCGAUCCGUUCAUCUCAAUGCCGUUUGAAGGUGCUGGUAACAUCAUGUCAGGCCAUUGGGACUACCCCGACUUGAAGACUCGUCUCGUGCAGCUUCGAGACCGAGUGAUGGCGGAGACACAUCAAUGGCCCGUUGAAGGCAAGGAACUUGUCAAAGUGGAUGCCGGAAUCGCGGUCAAAUUGAGAGGCCAGCAUGAACAGAUUGUUGCCGAGCUCAGCGCCCAUCCUCAGAUUAUCGAUCUCUCACUGGUUGACGAGAAUCCAUUCCUCUGGCAGCUCACCUAUGCUGGUCGGACUGAAAGUCGAUUGGAAGGUGGUAUCGUCAAGGUCAAAAUCUACAUCAGUCCGCGACAUCCCGUCGAACAACCCCGUGUCUUCGUUGACCCAAUGAUCUAUCACAUCCGAGUGUCAAAGAUGGGCGUUUUAAUAUAUCUCCCCUCCUUCGAUGAAGAUAUCAGACACCACAUCGAUGGCAUUGUUGAAACCCUGGGGGAAGACAACCCGCCUUACAAUCCACUGAUGACGGUGCGCCCACAGGCCACCGCACUCUGCUGGGGAAAUGAAGUCGAGCGCAGGCUGUACAGACGCAAAGUGCGAGCAUCGCUUGAGGAGAUUUCUCCUUUUCCUACACUCACGAAUAAUCACAAAAUGCCAGCUCAAAAUCGCACACUAGAACUGGGCAAUGUCCUGGUCGUUGGCGGCUGUGGCUUUUUGGGGUGGCAUAUGGUUGACCACCUGCUGAACUUCCCCUCCGAGUCCGACCCCAGCUACGCACUUGCGAAGCCCGUCGGCGACGCGCGCUUUGAGUAUCCCACUCUGGCCUCCCGCUACCCGACCACCCACUCGACCGUGUCAGUAGUCGACUUGCGCACCACGAAUAACCGUCUCCCCGGCGCCCAGUACUACGAUGGCGACAUCACCUCCGUCGAGUCCAUGAUGGAGGUCUUCCGUGCCGUCAAGCCCGAUCUCGUCAUCCACACUGCGUCCCCCUCGAUGAUUGAGGGCAACAAGCCCCUGCUGCACAAGGUCAAUGUCGAUGGCACACGGACGCUUCUCGAGGUUGCUGGAGGUGAGCACGGUGACUGGGGUGGCAAGUGCAAGGCAUUUGUGUACACCAGCUCCAGCUCCGUGGUUCACGACACCCAGAGCGACCUCAAGAACGUCAACGAGGAAUGGCCCUACAUCCGUGGGCCCGCGCAGAAGGAAUACUAUUCCGAGACCAAGGCCGACGCCGAAGAACUCGUCCUGAAGUACAACAAGCAGUCCCCGACAUCGAUGCUGACAGCCGCCAUCCGGCCCGCCGGCAUCCACGGCGAAAAGGACACGACAGUCACACACAAGAUCCUCGAGCAUGGCGCCCAGGCCUCGGACCGCGUGCUGCGUAUGCAGCUCGGCGAGAACGACAACCUGUUCGACUUCACCUACGUGGGCAACGUGGUCUACGGCCAUUUGCUGGCCGGACACCGGCUCCUGGCGAGCCACGAUCUCAUCACAGCUGGCAAGGGCGGGCCCCUGGACCACGAGCGCGUGGACGGCGAGGCAUUCAACAUCACCAACGACUCACCCGUGUACUUUUGGGACGUGACCCGUGCCAUGUGGGCACUGAUUGAUCGCAUUGUCGAGCCGCACCAGGUGUGGGCUCUCCCUGAAGGUCUCCUCGAGACUGUCGGUGGUAUUGCGGAGACUGUGAUGGGUCUGUUUGGCAAGACCCCGCGUCUUACGGCCCGCACGGUGCGGUACUCGUGCAUGACUCGUUACUAUUCCACUGAGAAGGCUAAGCACCGUCUGGCUUAUGCGCCUGUUGUGCCUCUGGACGAGGGUAUUGCUCGUGCGGUUGGAUUUAUUGUUGCACAGCAAAAGUCUGAUGCGGCUAAGAAGAGUUUGUAA